AUGGAGGAAGUUAUUGGGAUACUCAAGGUGCUUGUGCUGCGGGGGAAGAGGCUGGUGAUUAGGGAUUUCACCAGCAGCGAUCCCUACGUGGUGGCUCGGCUCGGCAAUCAGGUGAAUCUCUCUCUCUCUCUCUCUCUCUCUCUCUCUCUCUCUCUCCCUCCCUCCGUGACUGGUCUUGCGUCCCCCCAUAGAGAAAGUACUCGCUGAUGAAGACCUCACAUAGAGAAAUACCUCAGUAUCUCUGUAACUUGGAUCAUACGGUCGUAGGUCUCUCUUUCAACACCUACUCGGCUUCUAUUUUUAUUGUCGAGCAAUCGUGUCGGCUUCCGCCAACUUGACGACGGAGGCAUUUUUCUAGCCCAUCCGUAAGAAUUGAGGUGAGUUUUUUAAAUGGACAUCGUCCACCGGGGGGGGGGAGAUUCCUCAGAGCCAGAUACGCUUCAAGCUGGAAGACAUUCGAUUCCCUCCUGUUCUUUUUAUGGUCGUAUCUGCCUAUUCGAUCUCCUCCUCUUCCUUCCUAGUCCGGGAACUCCUUCAUGAGUGGAACAAUUAGGUCAGCUGCUUUUUUAAUCCAAUUCAUUUUCAUCGUCCGAUUGUUAAAUCCGAUUGUUCAUCUGCCUGGCUCGUCCCGAUCUUUCGGAAUCUGUGCUCAAUCUAGCUAACUGCUGUUCCCUCUUUCCCCAUCAGUAUCUCAAGACGAAGGUCAUCAAAAGCUGCUUGAAUCCGGUCUGGAACCAGGAAUUGACUUUCACGGUGACGGAGCCCGUCGGCGUUCUCAAGCUUGUGAGUGCCCUCUCCUCGAUGUCUUCUUACCUGUUACUUCUCGCUGAUUUCCUGCAGCGGAUUAGGACGACGAUCCUGCCCGUAUUCCGACUGCCUCUGCUACUCCUUCGAUUAGUGUUCUAUCGGUGGAAACUCAAUGGAACGAACACAACGAGAUGAAUCCCCUGCUUUCUCUGCAUAUUCUGCCCGUAUUCCACUACGCCUGAUUUUCGAAAUUCCGCGAACCCAUCAAGCGUGAACACCAUUAUCAUUGUUCUUGUUCUUGAUUCAUCCUCGUCGUCAUCCAAUUUUUGUGGGUGCGAUUAAUUUUUCGUCGUGGGUGAUGAUCAGCGAUGACCCACCCGAGAGAAUUAUUAUUUUCUUCUUGUCGCAGUUGUCAUCGUCAUCGUCAUCAUCAUCAUCAUCAUCAUCAUCAUCAUCAUCAUCACCAUCACCAUCAUCAUCAUCAUCAUCAUCAUCAUCAUCAUCAUCACCACCACCACCACCACCAUCAGCAUCAUCAUCAUCAUCAUCAUCAUCAUCAUCAUCACCACCACCACCACCACCACCACCAUCAUCAUCAUCAUCAUCAUCAUCAUCAUCAUCAUCAUCAUCAUCAUCUUCACCAUCACCAUCAUCAUCUCUCGCUGGUGUGAGAUUGAUCAUUUCUUCGGGGUGGGUUUGCGCGAUUUGAAUGGCAAGGAUUUUCCAUCUCUCGCCCGCAGGAGGUGUUCGACAGGGACGUGUUCAAGGCGGACGACGAGAUGGGGCACGCCCACGUCAGCCUCCGGCCGAUCUUCUCUGCCGCCAGACUCCGGCGCGCUCUGCGGCUCGCCGCCGGCGGGGAGACGAAGCUGAGGAGGGUUCCGCCGGACGGGGAGAACUGCCUGGUGGUGGACAGCUCCGUCUCCUUCCUCGACGGCGAGAUAGUACAGGACCUCCGCCUCAGGCUCUGCGACGUCGAGUCCGGCGAGAUCGAGCUCCGCCUUAAGUGGCUCGAUGGCCCCUCCAUCGCCACCGCCUCCGCCGCCUAG